CAACUGUCGCUCUUUUCCCGAUCUCUGGGUUUCAGACCCACAUCUCCCUCUUUCUCUGCUUUCAUCAACAGUCAACACGGAACGAGAGUCUGCACUAGUCCACCAUGCAUACAGCUUUGAAGAAGAAUCCAAGACGCCAUAGCAUAAAACCCUAGGGGAACCCGCAUUAAACGGAAAAUGGUGUUCAAAGGCCGAUUUUUCUCUUCUAAGAAAUCCGAUGUUUCCAGCCCAGAUGGAUCCUCUAACAGUCCGCGAUCGAUCGGGUCCAAUUCCCCGAUCCGAUCUGAUAAGAAAAUGGGCAAGUCCUCCAGUUCCACUUCCAAGGACAAUUCCCCUGCAACUCCGACUUCAAUUUCUAGCCUAGCUGCUAGCUUCAAGGAUAAGAAGAAGGAUAGUAAGGGGAAAGAGAGUAUAGUUCCCAAUUCCAAUUCUCCCGGGAAGUCCGGAUUGGGAGGCGGAGAAUCUUUGAGCUCUUCUAAGCUUAAGAGCUUGGAUGGUAAGGAAACGGGCCCGCCGACUGCGGUGUCGGUGUCGCCGAUUCUGGCAUCGUCGUUAGGUUUGAACAAGAUUAAGACGCGAUCCGGGCCGUUGCCGCAGGAGAGCUUCUUCAGCUACGGGAGUAGAGAUAAGGGAAGCUCUUUGGGUGCUAGUAACCUGUCUAAGCCACAGUCGAGCUCCGCAACAAAGAGUGCAGUGGGAAAGGAGGACAAAAGAGCAGUGGAGAGUUCUGGUUGGGUAGAUAAUGGGAGCAGUUCAGAUCAUAUGUCAACGGAGAAUGCUGCACGGUCCAGGAACCAAAGCCCUCGUGUCCCGUCUAGGCUGCAAAAUGGUGAAUCUUCUUCUGAAGCAGGUCGGUUCAAUCCAUCUCGGGGUCAUUCAGGUGGUUUGAGGAGUAUGGAUGCUUAUACUUCAGACUUGAAGACACCUUAUGAAUGUGAUAACCCAAAGGAGUCUGAAUCUCCACGCUUUCAAGCUAUACUUCGUGUGACCAGUGCACCUAGGAAAAGGUUCCCUGCUGAUAUCAAAAGUUUUUCCCAUGAAUUAAAUUCUAAAGGUGUACGUCCUUUCCCAUUUUGGAAGCGUCGAGGUUUAAAUAACUUGGAGGAGGUUAUAACUAUGAUAAGGACGAAGUUUGCUAAAGCAAAGGAGGAAGUUGAUUCUGAUCUUCAUAUCUUUGCAGCAGAUCUGGUUGGGGUUUUAGAAAAGAAUGCGGAAACUCAUCCUGAAUGGCAGGAAACAAUUGAGGACUUGCUGAUUUUGGCCCGAAGCUGUGCAAUGACAUCACCUGGAGAAUUUUGGCUUCAGUGUGAAGGAAUUGUUCAGGAGUUAGAUGAUAGGCGUCAGGAGCUUCCCACGGGUAUGCUGAAGCAGCUGCAUACUCGAAUGCUUUUUAUACUCACAAGGUGUACGCGAUUGCUUCAGUUUCACAAGGAAAGUUUUGCUGAGGAUGAACCUAUGUUGCAGCUUCGCCAGUCAGUUCAACCUGCUGAUAAACAUAUUUCUGGAGGCGUGGGGAUGGAUCAGACAAUAUCCAGUACUGUGAAGGUUCCAAAGACACCUGCUACAAGAAAAUCUUAUAGCCAGGAGCAGCACGGUUUGGAAUGGAAGAGAGACCAAGCAGUACAGCCAGAGGGUUUUCAGUUAUUGCCAGCUGAAACCGCCAAGAAUCUGGAUUCUCCUGGUGGUAGGGAUCGGAUAGCUUCUUGGAAGAAAUUACCUUCUCCUGCUGGGAAAAGUCCAAAAGAAGUUACUCCCCUGAAGGAGCAAGAGGAUAAUCUAGAGGCUUCGAAGUUGCCAAUCAACAAGAGAGGAACUCCAGAUUUAGAUCUUGCCAAUGCUAAGCAUCAAGAACCCCCUUCUAGCAGAGAUUCUCAUGGACACUCUUCAGGAUCUUCCAAGCACCAGCACAAAAUUUCUUGGGGUUACUGGGGAGACCAACCGGGUCUUUCUGAUGAGAGCUCAAUAAUUUGUCGCAUUUGUGAGGAGGAGGUUCCCACUUUGCAUGUGGAAGAGCACUCUAGAAUUUGUACCAUUGCUGAUCGUUGUGAUCAAAAGGGUCUCAGUGUCAAUGAGCGUUUAAUUAGGAUUGCUGAUACACUUGAGAAGCUAAUGGAGUCAUUUUCACAGAAGGAUUUCCAACCCACUGCUGGAAGUCCAGAUGGUGCAAAAGUGUCGAACUCUAGCGUAACUGAAGAAUCUGAUGUAUUAUCUCCAAAACUCAGUGAUUGGUCUCGCAGAGGCUCAGAGGACAUGCUUGACUGUUUUCCUGAAGCAGAUAAUUCUGCUUUUGUGGAUGAGCUUAAGGCUUUACCUUCUAUGUCAUGCAAAACUCGUUUUGGCCCCAAGUCGGAUCAAGGAAUGACAACAUCUUCUGCAGGUAGCAUGACUCCUAGGUCACCUUUGCUUACACCACGAACCAGUCCAAUAGACUUAUUAUUACUGGGAAAAGGUGGUUACCCGGAACAUGAAGAUCUCCCUCAGAUGAAUGAACUUGUUGACAUUGCUAGAUGCGUAGCAAAUACGCCUGUGGAAGAUGAUCGCUCAAUGCCUUACUUAAUCACUUGCCUUGAAGAUUUGAAAGUUGUCACUGACCGGAGAAAGCUGGAUGCACUUACAGUGGAGACAUUUGGAACACGUAUAGAAAAGUUGAUUCGGGAAAAAUGUUUGCAACUAUGUGAGCUAGUUGACGAUGAGAAAGUUGAUAUAACAAGUACCGUCAUUGAUGAAGAUGCUCCUUUUGAAGAUGAUGUUGUACGAAGCUUGAGAACCAGUCCUAUUCAUUCCAGCAGAGACCGCACGUCUAUAGAUGACUUUGAGAUUAUAAAGCCAAUUAGUCGUGGGGCAUUUGGCCGGGUUUUCUUGGCAAAAAAGAGAACCACUGGGGAUCUGUUUGCCAUUAAGGUUCUUAAGAAGGCAGAUAUGAUACGCAAGAAUGCUGUUGAAAGUAUUUUAGCAGAACGUGACAUUUUAAUAUCAGUUCGCAAUCCAUUUGUGGUUCGCUUCUUCUAUUCAUUUACUUGCCGUGAAAAUUUGUAUCUUGUGAUGGAGUACUUGAAUGGUGGGGAUCUGUAUUCACUAUUGAGAAACCUGGGAUGCUUGGAUGAAGAUGUAGCUCGUGUGUAUAUAGCUGAAGUUGUACUUGCUCUGGAAUAUUUGCACUCUUUGCGUGUUGUUCAUCGUGACUUGAAGCCGGAUAAUUUGUUGAUUGCACAUGAUGGCCACAUCAAGUUGACAGAUUUUGGGCUUUCAAAAGUUGGUCUGAUCAAUAGUACUGAUGAUCUAUCUGGUCCAGCAGUCAGUGGGACAUCUAUGAUGGAUGAAGAUGAAUCUCAGCUAUCUGAAUCCGAACAUCAGCAAGAAAGGCGUAACAACCGUUCUGCUGUAGGCACUCCAGACUAUCUGGCCCCAGAGAUCCUUCUAGGAACUGGACAUGGUUUCACGGCUGAUUGGUGGUCUGUGGGUGUUAUUCUUUUUGAGUUGAUUGUGGGCAUUCCACCUUUCAAUGCAGAGCAUCCUCAGAAAAUAUUCGAUAAUAUUCUCAAUCGUAUGAUACCUUGGCCUCUGGUUCCUGACGAAAUGAGCCCUGAAGCACAGGACUUGAUUGAUCGCUUACUGACAGAAGAUCCUCAUCAAAGGCUUGGAGCGAAAGGAGCAACUGAGGUGAAGCAACAUCCUUUUUUCAGGAAUAUUAACUGGGACACACUGGCAAGACAGAAGGCUGCAUUUGUGCCUACAUCAGAGAGUGCCUUGGAUACAAGUUACUUCACCAGUCGCUUCUCCUGGAAUACUUCAGAUGAACGUGUAUUAGCAACCAGUGAUUUUGAGUAUUCAAGUGAUAAUGGUAGCAUAAGCGGUAGCAGUAGUUGCCUAAGUCGUCAUGAUGAACUGGGUGAUGAAUGCGGGGGCCUUGCAGAGUUUGAGUCAGGCUCUCCUGUCAAUUAUUCUUUCAGUAAUUUCUCAUUCAAGAAUCUCUCUCAGCUUGCAUCAAUCAAUUACGAUUUGCUUACUAAAGGGUUGAAGGAAGAUCAGCCGACAAACCCUAAUCCAUGACUAUGGACAAUCAAGAAUCUGAAUUUUGAGUUUUGGGGCCAACAGCUUGAAGCAAGAAGGGGAGCCAAUCCCCUCCCUCUCUGUAAACCUUGUAAAUAUAUAGUUCAGUGCGCAAUACUGGGAUGUGUUUUGUUGCAGAGUUGAGCUCCAUGGUGUGAGGGUUGGGAACAUUGUUGGUUGAUGAGUUGUUUUGUUUGAGUUGAGUUGAGGUUUUGUGUAAUUUUUAUCUCAUGGUAUGGUCCUUGAGGGAAGAGGAGGGGGGAGGUGGAGGGCAUAUUGUCUUUUUUUCUCUUUGGCCUUUGAUUUUCAAUGCAAUGUGAACACAUCCCCUCUUGUCUUUAAGGUAUUGGAUGGAUAUUCUUCUUCUUUCUUCAAA